AUGUCUGCAGUGGCAGAAUUCCUCCAUCUGCCCACGACGGUAGUACGUCGGGCACCCCGCCUCAGUGCGGGCAUCUCUCAACUCACAAAUCGACCCGCCAUGCCAGGAAAGCUGGCAGCCAUUUCCCAUGGCAAGCUACAACGCGAAGCUGCAUCUCAAACCCCCGACCUUCGCCGCUGCCUAGGCCACCACAACAUUCUCAUCCGUUGCGUGAAAGCAGCCCAAGAAGACAAUGCCCGAGUUAUGAAAGAAACCUAUGAAGAUGAUCCAGAUCUGGCGCCCACGAGCGGAGAGUCAGAAUUUCCGCCCAUCCGGACGCAGAUCACCAACGCUGUCAAGACUAUGGUGCGAAACCGGCGCACUACCACAGCAGACAAAUCCUCAGAUAACGGACUGUAUCAAAAUUACACCAUUCUGCUACGAUGGCACUUGCAUGAUGAAGCACAUCCACUGAGAGUUGGAGAGAUAUCCGGAUCUACACAUCCCAACUCUAAUCCUUCUAGCCGAACUGAUAUCGACAUAUGCACAUCAUUUUUCUUCAUGUGCAGAACAAUGGUGCUGAUCAGAAUUUAG